GUCACUGUCUGGUGCCUGCAGGAAGAGGCGCCUGGCGGGCGCACGUGGGUGGCAGCUCAGCAGGAAGGCAUAUGGCGAGUUCCGUGGGGCUGUCUCUCUGCGGGCAGGUGGUGGUGGUCCGGGGCGGCAGUCGGUUCCUGGCCACCUCCACUUCGAGCAGUGAUGAUGACAGCCUCUUCACAUAUGAUUGCAGUACUGCCGAAAAGAAGUCACCAGAAAAUAAAGGGGAGGACGGACCACCCGUGGAUCAGGGGAGUGACACGAUCCUGGCCUCCACCUUCUCCACGUCUGGCAGCUAUUUUGCUUUAACAGAUGACAGUAAGCGUCUGAUUCUUUUCCGUACAAAACCAUGGCAAUGUCUGAGUGUCAGGAUGGUGGUGAGGAGGUGCACAGCCCUGACUUUCACAGCCUCCGAGGAGAAGGUUCUGGUGGCAGAUAAGUCUGGGGACGUUUAUUCCUUUUCGGUGCUAGAGCCACACGGAUGCGGCAAGCUGGAACUCGGACACCUGUCGAUGUUGCUGGAUGUGGCCGUGAGUCCCGACGACCUCUUCAUCCUCACCGCCGACCGGGACGAGAAGAUCCGGGUCAGCUGGGCCGCGGCGCCGCACAGCAUCGAGGCCUUCUGCCUGGGGCACACGGAGUUCGUGAGCCGCAUCUUCGUGGUGCCUGACCAGCCCGAGCUGCUUUUAUCCUCCUCCGGGGACCGCACCCUGAGGCUCUGGGAGUACAGAAGCGGCCGAGAACUGCACUGCUGUCACCUGGACACCCCGCAGGAGCCGGCGGAGCCUUGGGGUGACAAGAGAUUUGCUGCGGCCAGGAUGGUGUAUUGGCACCGGGAGAACUGCGUGGCGCUCCUGGGUGAUGGUAUCCCUGUGGUCUACAUCUUCCAGCUGGAUGCCCCCCGAUGGCAGUUGGUGUACAGACAGCAGCUGACUUUCCAGCACAGAGUGUGGGACAUUGCUUUUGAGGAGAGCCAGGGGCUGUGGGUCCUGCAAGACUGCCGGGAAGACCCCCUUGUGCUCUGGGCGCCUGUGGGCGGCCAGUGGCAGUCUGUUCCUGAAAAUGCUGUGUUAAAGAAAGUCUCCGCUCAUCUCCGCGGGAAUUGGGCCAUGCUGGAAGGCUCUGCUGGCAUGACCGACGGCUUCAGCAGUCUCUACAAGGCCACCUUCGACAACAUGAGCACCUACCUCAAGAAGAAGGAGGAGAGGCUGCAGCAGCAGCUGGAGAAGAAGCGCCGGAAGGACCCUCCUCCUGGGCCCAACGGACAGACCAAGAAGAUGAAGUCAGGGGCGGGCCCUUGAGCGCUCAUCCUGGUGGUGUGACGGCUCUCUCCACCUCGGACUGGCAGAAGCGGAUUGUCCUCGGCCCCUCCCUGCCGCAGCUCUUUAGGAAGAAAAGGGGGCGUCUUUCCCCAUGCACACUUGGCAGCAGUUAGGUCCAGACCAGCUCAGCGGGCCCCUGGGGCUGUCCCAGAUACUGGCCGGCGUCCUGGGCUCUAGAACAUUCUGUCGCCGAGCAGAGGCUCCUCCGUCUGGUGUCUGAGCUCCUUCUGGUUGCAGGGAAGCCGUCCCGUGUGUCCGCUCGCCUGGCGGUGCUGCAGGUGAGGGGUGAGGACCUGGGGUGCUCUGUCUCCCUGUCGGACGAGCCUCGCCCUGCAGGAGAGGCAGUUUUGACUUUUCUGUUCUUCCCGAGAUGCCCCCAACGCUGGAUGCAUUUCCUCCAGGGGAAAUCUGAUAGCGAACAUUGUUGUGGCGGCCUGAUCCACAUUUUCGUUUUGUUCCUGUCGUGUCGUCCUUCUGGGUGGAAUGCUGCGCUCCCAGCAGGCAGCCACUCGUCACGUGGGCUCUUGAAACCCGAGUGGCAGUCCUCCAUCAGCAUGAGCUGCAGCGCACGUGCCCACGCCCCACGUGGUGGGCUGCCCCUGUGAGGGGAGUGGUGAGCUCGGUGGGACCGUGCUGGUGCUGGAAGCGGACUUGCUUCAGGGUGUGCGAGGCCCUGGGGCCCUGGCUGCAGACCGAGUUCUGCAGGGAAGCGAUUGAUGACAUCAUGUGUAUUUAUUAUUUCAAUUUGAACUUUGUGCCCACGCUGCAAAGAGCAGGGGUGUCAGCUGAGUUCUAAUCACCUAUCAAUAAAGAUGAGCUUUUUGCAGCUUCUAGAAAUGUUCAGCAGCAACAUGUUUCAGAAUAUAUUGAGCAAAACCAUU